AUGGAACAAUGCAUUAGGAGUAAACAAGGUAUGUAUCUUUUUUGGUUGCUUUGUCUUCCUGGAGCAUUAUGUAUUUCAAUCUAUUAUUCUACACUGGAAGAAACCAAAAGUGGUUCUAUAGUGGCUAAUGUGCUGAAGGAUUUGAAACUGGAAGUAGAGGAAUUCAUUGAUCGCAGAGCCCAUCUCAUUUCUCAAAGCACUAAGCAGUAUUUCUCCCUGGAUCUUCAUACUGGGGAUAUAUUGAUAAAUGAUAAAGUAGACCGAGAUGUUUUGUGUGGCCAGACAGAUGCUUGCAUACUUACCUCUCAAAUUGUGCUUGACAACCCUUUGGAAUCAUAUAAUAUGGAAAUAGAAAUAGAAGACAUAAACGACAAUGCUCCCAAGUUCUCUAAAAAUGAAUUUGAGAUAGAAAUUCCUGAGAAUGUUCCUACAAAUAUGGUAAUUCCCUUGGAAUCUGCAGAUGAUGAGGACCUAGGAGAAAACAGCAUCCAAAACUAUACACUCAGCGCCAAUGAAUAUUUUUGGCUUCAUGUGCAAAGGAACAAAGACGGAAUUAACAACGUGGAUCUUGUUCUAAAGAGAUCACUAGACAGAGAAAAGGUGCCACAUCUCAAUAUCACCCUAAUGGCUGUUGAUGGUGGGGUACCACAGAAAACAGGCACUGUUCAAAUUAAUAUUGAUGUUCUGGACAAUAAUGAUAACCCUCCUCAAUUUUCCCAAUCUGAAUAUAAGGUAAAAAUAAAGGAAAACCUUCCUACGGGCACUGCAGUGGCUAAAGUGGAAGCUACGGAUCUUGAUGUGGGUUCAAAUGCACAAGUCACCUACUCAUUCCACAGAACGCCUGAAAAAAUAAAGAGUUUGUUCCUUUUAAAUGAAAGGACUGGAGAAAUCACUGUUAAGGGACAGACUGAUUAUGAAAAAGAAAGAAGUUAUAGCAUAAAUAUCAGAGCAAUAGAUGGAGGAGGACUUUCAGGACGCACCAAGAUAAUAAUAGAGGUUGAAGAUGUCAAUGACAACCCCCCAGAAGUGUCCAUCAUAUCUCUGACCAGCAUCUUAAAGGAGGAUUCCCCAUUGGAGAAGGUGGUGGCCCUCUUCAGUGUUAGAGACCAAGACUCUGGAGACAACAGCAAAACGGUCUGCUCUGUGGACAUGAAUCUCCCUUUUGUGCUCAAAGGCACCACAAACAACUUUUAUCAGCUUGUGCUCCAAAGUCCUCUAGACAGAGAGACGGUCACUGAGUACAACAUCACCAUCACAGCCAUUGACUGUGGCUCUCCUAGGCUCACUUCAACAAGACUGAUUAAUGUUCAGAUCUCCGAUGUCAAUGAUAACCCUCCUCUUUUUGAAAAGUCUUCAUAUGACAUGCAGAUCCGGGAGAAUCAUAUUCCAGGUUUGCUCAUCGGCUCAGUCCACGCUGUGGAUCUGGACACGAAGCAGAAUGCAAAAGUGACUUACUCAGUUCUGCCUGGGAAGGGUGGUGGCCUUUUGCCCACUCUCAUUUCAAUCAACUCUGAAACUGGAAACCUGUAUGCCCUCCGAUCCCUGGACUAUGAGCAGAUAAGAGGCUUCAGAGUUACUGUGAGGGCCUCUGAUGAUGGUUCUCCUUCCCUGAGCUCAGAAGUGAUUGUCCGCAUCCACAUCAUAGAUGAAAAUGACAAUGCUCCCUUCUUCUUGUAUCCCCUCCAGAACAACACAUCCCCAUGCAAUGAGCUGCUUCCCAAGUCAGCCGAGGCCGGCUAUCUGGUCACCAAGGUGGUUGCAGUGGAUGCAGAUUCUGGCCAAAACUCUUGGCUUUCCUAUGAAUUGCUGAAGGCCACGGACCCAGCCCUUUUCAGCAUAGGAGCGCAGAAUGGGGAAGUGAAAACCAGGAGAGCCCUGAAUGAGCGAGACACAAACAAGCAGAGGCUGGUGAUUCUGGUCAGAGACAACGGUCUUCCUCCCCAGACCAGCACGGCGUUGCUUAAUGUCCUUCUUGUGGAUGGCUUUUCGGAUCCCUUCCUGAGGAGGGUGGAGGUCAGUGUGCAAGAACCGGAAGAAGAUAAAACCUUGACCAAGUAUCUGGUGAUCUGCUUGGCUGCUGUCUCCUUUGUGUUCCUGGUCUGUAUUGUUGUGUUUAUUGUGGUCAAAAUCCUCAAGAAGGACCCCCAAAGCCAUUUUAGUGCAGCUGUUCCUCACUUCCCACCUGCCAGUGCUGAUGCCCCAGAGAACUGUGCAGAUUCACAGAAUGGGUCACUUUCCAGGACUUACCGUUAUGAUGUUUGUUUGACCGGUGGAUCCUUAAGUAGCGAGUUCCGAUUUCUCAGGCCCCUCUUUCCUGUCUUUUCGGUGGGAGACGUAAACGUCCCAGGGAACCACAAGUCCUCUUCUUCCACCCAAUAUAUCCCUAAGCAGGAUGCAGAUGAGCGCUUAAAUGAACAGAGCUCUAUGCUCACUUUGUUCCUGUUUAACUUUUACCUGAGAUCACUGGACAACGUCAUUAAGCCUGGUGCCAAAGCCGAUGAAGACUAUGAGACACGAGGUGCAGGAAUGAUUUCCCUUUAUUGA